UUCACUGUGCAGCGCUGCUCUCCAGAUAUGGCUGCAGACCGGCGAUGGCACCGGAGCGCUUCCCCUGGCAGUCGGGAGAGACUCGGACGCAACCUCUCGCCAACCUCAGCGCAGCAGAGCUGCAUCUACCAACUGGAGUUCCCAAAGCCUGAGACAAGGGGGCUGGGCUUCACCCUGACGGGCGGAGUCAAUGGGAGCUACUUCAGAGUGAAUGACAUCAGACCUGGGAGCAUGGUGGCUAUGAACGGCAGGCUCCGGGUGGGGGAUGUGCUCCUGGAGGUGAACGGCAUUAUGGUAUCGGGCCUAAGUCGCAGCAAGGUGCUGGAGAUCCUGUGGGCCGCAGAGGGCACUGUGCGGCUGACCGUACACAGAGACGGCUUGGCUGUGGCCGGUCCGGAGCCUGAACACGGCUGCCCAGGAAUCACAGUGGGGACUGACUCAGAAGAGGAAAUGACAGAAAGACAGGUUAUGGGAAAAUUCUUGGAAAACUCUGGAGAGGAAAGUCCGACCAGCUCCCGUCUCCCGCUCUGCAUGCUUGACAAGGCCCUGGAAGCCUGCGACAGGAACGCAUUUCUGUCACUGCAGCGAGAUGCAGCCAGCAGACAACACAAAGACCAAAGGGAUGAGUGGAGCAGUGAGGAUGAGGAGGGUGAGGGAGACAGUGAUGAAGAUUCAUUAUACCCUGACUCGCCUUUGACAGAAAGGCCCAUUGUUUCAGAGGAGGCCCUCAGCAACCUGGCUGUGAUAAGCCCGUCUGAGAACAGCCAGUACUCCGGCGUCUGCCUCAGGGCCCUCAUUCAGAACCUGCAGCACCAGCUGGACCAGCAGGAUCUCAUUAAGGAGUUCAUGACCUUGGAGCACCAGAGACCUGCCGAUAGCUGCCUGGUGGGAAAUGCUGCGGAGAACCGGGAGAAGAACCGGUACCGGGACAUUUUGCCCUAUGAUGGAACACGGGUGUCAGUGGGGGAACAGCAGGAGUACAUCAACGCCAGUUACAUCCGCAUGAGCAUGGGGCCCGGUGAGCGGCUCUGCUACAUCUGCACGCAGGGCCCCCUGCCCGGCACCCAGGCCUGCUUUUGGCAGAUGGUGUGGGAGAAUCGCUCAGAUGUCAUCGCUAUGGUGACGCGGGAGGUGGAGCACGGCCGGGUCAAGUGCCACCGGUACUGGCCCAAGAAGCUCCACGAGGUUCUGGACACUGGGCGCUACAAGCUCAUCCUGGACAACUACCAGCGACAGGACUACUUCUACAUCAGGAUGAUCAAGAUGGUGGAGAAGGAGAGUGGGGACAUCCACCUGGUGAGGCACCUGAAGUUUGCAGCUUGGCCCGACCACGGUGUGCCACGCUCCUGCCACCAGCUGGUGUGCUUUGCCCACUACAUGCGGGCUGUGCACCGCACCGGCCCCGUCAUCGUGCACUGCAGCGCUGGCGUUGGCCGAGCCGGCGUCCUCAUCUGCACUGAUGUCAUCCUGGCCCUCAUCGCGAAGGACCUCAGUAUAAACAUCAGCAGCAUUGUGAGGGAGAUGAGGCUGCAGCGCCACGGCAUGGUACAGACCAAGGAACAGUACCUCUUCUGUUACAAAGUCUGGCUGGAGGUCCUUCAGAACAUCCCGGUUCUCUGUGGCACCCAGUGGCUCCAGGAAAAAGCCUCCUGAACACUGCUGGUUUCCCUGGCUACCUUCUCCAGCAUUCUCCCAAAGAAGACACUUUGAAUGCUUUCAUACGAACCCACACCCGUGUAUUUUCAUUUUUAGUUUUAUUUUCAGUUUUAGUCUCUGUAAUCCACAUUUCUGCCGCUUGAACCAUCGCGAACCUCGUCUGAGUUCUUCUGCAGGACGUUGUCACACUGACACACUCCGGUGCGGUUUGGCAUUUUAGAUCUUAGAUGGUCACAGUCUGUUAACCUUCAAGCGUCCAUCAGAACAAAACUAAGUUGUUUUGAUCACGACGUGAAUAUUUUACCUGCAGUAUCCUCCUCCAGAUAACGAGCUAUAUGCAUCAUGUGUAUUGUGUCAGAGCUCCGAACAGAUUCUAAACAGAUGUGCUUUGGCGUUGUGGUUCAUGAAGUAUGGUUUGUAUGUUUACAUGAAAACUGGUCGGUAGAAGCGGUCUGUCCGUGAAUGAGACAUCUGUAAGUGC